GCCAAGGCGUUGGAGGCCAAGGUUGAAGAGUUCAUGGCGAAGGUCGCCAAGGUCUACCGCCAUCACCGGAGGAUCCUAGUCAUCCAACACGGUAAAGCCAGCUGCCACUCUGUGUGUGGUUCUACAACUAAUUUUCAUCGCACUACUUUCGUCUAAAUGAAGCUCAACUCACUUCAAAUUACUUCCUUGGCACCAAGGUGCCACUAGAUGGCGCCAUAGCACUACCUUUGUCUAUAUGAAGCUUUACAAUCAACAUAGUCCUGUCGCACCAAGAUGGGGGUAAAGCACUACUUUUGUCCAAUGCCCCAAAAAUGCAAGGAAAAUUUGAGGCAAGCUUUUGGCGCGCCAUCUAAAAUGAUGUGGAGGGCCGCACGAGUAGGACACGUGUGGUGUGGGCCCUCUGCAGUGUCGGAGCUCAAGUUCGUGCAAGACGCCGUCGAGCUGGCGAGGAACCUGACAUCGCUACGGCAACGAUCAUUGCGGCUGCGGUGGAAACUGGAGGAGCUGAAUGAGCGCGUACAGCGACAGGUGGAAGAGCUGUGGAGAGCUGAGGUGGACGUGGACAUGAAGCUGCGAGCGUGUCGGGGCUCCUGCAGGUCGGCGCUGUCGUUCAGCGUCGACCACGACGGUUAUCGGGCACUGAGGGCUGACGCGGCUGAGAUCGAACGCCAGAGAAGCGAGGAGGUCCCGCCUCCUCGAGAUAUCCCACCAAUCAAACUGCGGCCCACGCUCGUGGGCCCGACCGCGUCCAAAGCGUACAUGCGGAUCCCGACGGUGCGGCGAGAACUGCUCACCCAGUUUGAGGACAUCGGACAAAACCAGCUCUUUGUGGACAAGUCUGAGAACGUCGCAUCCCAAGAAUCGUAGCACCUCUCCGACAUGCCCUACCCAAAAUAUUAUUAAUAUCAGUUAGACAUUGACAAGUAUUGGGGCGUUGAAUUGAUCACCACUAGACUGUCGCAGUUGUCUGAAUAUGAGCAGGCAUCAUCAGUCCGUGCACAAGGCUAGCUAGGACAGGUUUUUGGUGUGGAACCACGUUGGCGCCAUGCCCCAAACCCCGAAUGGUAUCAUUUCUUUUCAAAUGCACGACUCAUUCAGAUGCCUUGCAGAGGCCACAGUCCGUCACCAAGAGUCAUUGGGUAGAAACUCCCUUGAUAAUAUUCCAUUCAGUUGUAAAAAAAAAAAAAAAAAAAAAAAAGAGGUUAUAAAAUAAUAUGAUUUAUUUUCUAAAUGUAUUAGAAAUAUAUGUUCGUAUUCGGUGCAUUAAAAAGGUCUAUUUUUCCUGCUGAAUUCAGUACAGGCAACAUAGCUCGUUUACUUACCGGUGUGUAUUAUUUAGAGUGCUAUACUCACCUUUUUAUUUUGUAACAUUGUGUGUUACAGUUUUACACUGUGGUUCAGUAACGUCCAAAAACAAGUUCCGGCUUCAACUGGAUUUACUGAACUCUUGUGUUUAACUGACUGAGAAACUGAACCACUGGUGAGACCAGAACAGUCAGAAAGAAAGAAAGAAAGAAAGAAAGGUCAUUGUUUAUAAUAAUUUGUCAUUGUGUAUUAUGUGUCAUUGAAAUUGCUUGUAACAAAAGUAUUCGCGGUAUCGGUGAGUACUCGCACUGGUAUCGGUCUGAAAAAAAUGUGGUAUCGAACAUGUGUAUGUCUUCUGAAUCAAAGAAUACAAAAUUUGGCUAUAUGAUGUUCAUUAUGUGUAAUAUAGAGUAAUUAUUAUUGAGUAAUUGUUAUUGAAUGAACUCAACUUUAUUUAUCGAACACUUCAAAACAACCCCUGCUGUACA